AUGGAUAAAAAGGAUAUUUUUCUUCCUCGCCCCAUCAAUACUGUAUUGGAGGGGAACAAGAAUUACUUAUCUUGGUCUCAAGCUAUGCGCAGUUUUCUUAAGGGUCGUAUGCUCUGGCAUUACUGUACUGGUGCAGUCGCUAUUCCUGUCAAAGGAGCUAGUGAAGAAGAUACUGUCUUUCUUGGUCGUAUGAUUGAAUGGGAUAGUCACAACCACAUGAUCCUCACAUGGAUUCGGAACACUUCCAUUCCUUCCAUUUCCAACCUGUUGGGCAGCUAUGAUGAUGCCAAGUCAGCGUGGGAUAUGUUGGCCAAAAGGUACUCCACUACUCAUGGCUCUAUGAAAUAUCAGUUAGUGGUUGAAUUGCAUCAACUCAGACAGGAACCAGGGCAAUCCAUCAAUGACUACUAUGAUCAGCUUCGCUUCAUUUGGGACCAAAUUGACCUUUCUGAUCCAACUUGGGCAUGUUCAAAGGAUGCUCAACAAUAUGCUUCCAUCAGAGAUGAAUUUCGCCUCUAUGAAUUCCUGAUGUCCCUUCACAAGGACUUUGAGCCCAUUCGAGGCCAGCUACUAAAUCGCAGUCCUGCUCCCUCUCUUGAUACUGCUGUGAAUGAGUUGGUUAGAGAAGAAGCUCGUCUUGCAACCCUUCAAGCUCAGAAUAAGCUCAAUGUUUUAGCUAUUACACCUUCUGCUCCACCCUUAGAGCAACCUCAACAAUCAGGUGAGUCCUCUGGCUCUAGCAAUCGUCGCAAGCAGACCUACAAAAAGUUCUGCAACUAUUGCAAGCGUCCUGGCCACACCAUUGAGACUUGUUAUCGUCGCAGCAAAUCUACUGCUGCUGUUGCUAAUACUGAGCCUACUCCGCCGAUGGCUUCCAUUUCAGCUGAGUCCCAGUCUUCUGGAUCCACUAUCAACCUCUCUCCCACUGAACUACAGGAGAUCAUAGCUCAAGCUGUUCGUAUGGCUGGUAAUGCAUCUCUUUCCACUGCUCUCUCUGUUCUGCCCGGUAAGUCUCAAACUUGGCUCUUUGACUCUGCCUGUUGCAAUCACAUGACACCUCACUCCUCCUUAUUCUCCAAACUUGACCCUGCACUAAAUAUUCAUAUAGCUGAUGGUUCCACCAUGCAUGGGAAUAGUCUAGGUUUUGUUUCGACCUCCAACCUUUCUGUUCCUGGAGUCUUCCAUGUACCUGACCUAUCCUAUAAUUUGUGCUCUGUGGGACAAUUAGCUGAACUAGGUUAUCGCCUUAUUUUUGACUAUUCUGGGUCUGCUGCAGUUUCUUCCUUACCAUCUCUUGCACUUUGGCAUUCUCGUCUUGGUCAUGCUUCAUCUUCUCGGGUACAACAGUUAGCUUCUAGGGGUCUGUUGGGUUCUGUGUCCAAAGACAAUUUUGAUUAUGAGUCUCUUGUUCCUUCUACAAAUACUUUAGACCCUUCUCCAGAUAUUUUUGAUACUCCUCCUAGACAGGUUGAAGAUGAACAGGUUGAUGACGAGCUACCCCACCUAGAGCCUGGGUCCCCUGCCCCUGCUCCGCCUGAAGAUCCUCCACAAGACAUUCCACAUCGCCACUCAACCCGGAAAAAUGCUUUCCUUAAUGGGGAUUUGAGUGAAGCAGUCUAUAUGCAACCUCCUCCUGGUCUCUCUGUUGACUCAAACAAGGUUUGUCAUCUUCGACGUGCACUUUAUGGUCUUAAACAAGCUCCACGAGCUUGGUUUGCCAAGUUCAGCUCCACUAUCUUUCGCUUGGGUUACACUGCUAGUCCGUAUGAUUCUGCCUUAUUUCUUCGUCGUACUGAUAAAGGCACCAUUUUGCUUCUUCUAUAUGUGGAUGAUAUGAUCAUAACUGGUGAUGACCUCAGUGGCAUUCAAGAACUCAAGGAUUUUCUCAGUCAGCAAUUUGAGAUGAAAGAUCUUGGACAUCUCAGUUAUUUCUUGGGUCUUGAAAUUACUCAUUCCACAGAUGGUCUUUAUAUUACUCAAGCCAAGUAUGCUUCUGACCUUUUAUCUCGAGCUGGACUUACUGACAGCAAGACUGUUGACACUCCGGUUGAACUUAAUGCGCAUUUGACACCCUCGGGGGGGAAACCAUUGUCUAAUCCUUCUCUUUACAGACGAUUGGUUGGCAGCCUAGUUUAUCUCACAGUUACUCGUCCAGACAUCUCCUAUGCUGUUCAUCAGGUGAGCCAGUAUCUGUCUGCUCCACGAUCUACUCACUAUGCUGCUGUUCUGCGCAUUCUUCGAUACCUGAAGGGCACUCUCUUCCAUGGCCUUUUCUACUCAGCUCAGUCUCCUCUUGUACUUCGUGCAUUUUCUGAUGCUGAUUGGGCAGGGGAUCCCACUGAUCGCAGGUCCACUACAGGUUAUUGCUUUCUCCUUGGUUCUUCUUUAAUUUCUUGGCGAAGUAAGAAACAAACCUUUGUGGCCCGCUCCAGUACUGAAGCAGAAUAUCGUGCCCUUGCUGAUACCACAUCUGAGCUCCUUUGGCUACGAUGGCUUCUUAAGGAUUUAGGUGUGUCCACAUCCUCUGCUACUCCCCUUUAUUGUGACAACCAGAGUGCCAUUCAUAUUGCUCACAAUGAUGUCUUUCAUGAACGGACUAAACACAUC